UGUAGGCAGCGGCGCCAGAGGAGGAGGAGCAGGAGGAUGCAGAUGCGACCGCGGCCCCAAGAGGGAGCCGCCGCUGCUCUGUGGCCAGGGGGGCCCAGGGACGGGAAUCAGGCCUGGGGGUCGCGUUGCUGAGGGGACUGGGAACGGCGGUCACUCCAGAGGCUCAGGCCUAGUACCCCAGGAGGGUCCGGGCCGCUGGGCGAGCGCCUGCCCCCCAUCGCCUCCCUUUGUCCCUCCACGUCGAUGGUGGUGAAGUUGGCGGCGCCACGGAGCGCAAGGCACCAAGCUGUCUCCCUUGCACCCAGCUUCUCUCUGGCCCCGGCUCUUGGACACCUGCGCCGCCGCCUUCUCUCGCCCGCCGAGCCCACCCCCGGCGGCGGGCGGGGGAGGGGCUCCCCCCUGCAGGGGCUGCGUCGAGCAGGGCGACGACCGGGACCAUAGGAGAGUAGGGGUGGAAGAAAUAUGGAUAUGCUGUAUUCUGUUUGAAAGGAUUCAUCAUGAACCAGAAAAAAUCAAUGAAAGGGGACAUUUCACCUAGAUUAAAUUUUGCAAUUUUUAAAAAGCAUAUGAGCAAAGAAACUAUCCUUCAAACAUCCAAAUAAGGAAGAAUAGAUUACCUAACAAUAGGAACAAAUUAAAAAUAAUUGAUUCAGCCUAAGACUUUUUUUUUUUUCCAGCAAAGAAGUAGUUUAAUAAUUGCAGGGCCAGCCAAGUAGGGAGAAAGGGAAAAAAUUUCUCAAACCCAUCUCUCUGAGAAUUUGGAGGCUAGAGUUUUUGAGGACACUUUGGCAGGCAGGGGAUAGGAAACUUUUUAAAAAAUGAUUGAUUGGGGAUGAAAUCACAGGGGUGCCUGAAACUGUCUUGGCUUAGCUGAGUCAGUUCCUGGGAGGGGAGUGUCUUAGGACCAGGUGGCAUCUCUUGGUCGGCUCUUGGUCUGCUGCUGAAUCUGAAAAAUAUGUCAAAGACCAAUUUUUUAAGUUUCAUAAUAGUGAUGUUAUCUAUAGGAGUAGUUGGAGAAGUGUAAAACUUGUGACCCCAGUUAUAUGACUCGGCAACUGUAAGCAAAUUAUAGAAAAACACAUAAAGCAAUGGCAGGUAAUUGUUUAACUAUGUCUACCGUUUAACAAAAUUCAAGGCCCCACCAUAAUUCUUUUUCUAAUUAUUAUUAUUUUUAAAAAUGUUUGUGGAUACAUAGUAGAUAUUUAUAUAUUUGGGGUACAUGAUAUGUUUUGAUACAGACAUCCAAUGUGAAAAAGCACAUCAUGGAGAAUAGGGUAUAUAUCCACUCAAGAAUUUAUUCUUUGAGUUAUAAGCAAUACAAUUCCACUCUUUAAGCUAUUUUAAAAUGUACAAUUAAGUUAUUGAUUAUAGUCACCCUAUUGUGCUAUCAAAUAGUAGGUCUUCUUUGUUCUUUUUAUUUUUUUUUUUGUACCCAUUAACCAUACCCACCUCCCCCUAGCACCCUACUUCCCAGCCUCAAUUGUUUUGAUUUUCGGAUCCCACAAAUAGCAUCCCCCAGACAUCUAGAGUAUGCCAGCCCUGUCCACCUUCUCAGAGCGAUGAGACAGAAACCCAUUUCUCGAGCAGUCCCCCCAAAAAGACAGAAUGUGCGACGCAUGCCACAACUUUUUCCCUUCCUAGAGAGAAGCUGAGAGUUGGGAGUUUCACCCUCUCGUUCUAUGCUGAGCUGGGAGGAGGGAGUAUGGAAGAAGCCAAGAAUUGGGAGUUUUCUGCUGAUCAUGCUAUACUGAGCUGGGCAGAGAGACCAUGGCGACUUCUGCUUAAUCAUUUCUAUUAAUGGGAGACACAUAACCUGACAAAGCAGAUUCAGAAUGACCUAUUGAACUCCUUCAAAUUGGGUCACACAGCACAAGUUGAAGCCGAGAUUCAAACUCAGUCUGGUUCCAGAGCCUGUGAAGUGCCUAUGGAAGACAUUCACGUGGAGAUGGAUACUCAAAUGAAUAAAACGCCACAGCACUCCAACCUUCAGGAACCACCACCCUGAUCAGUCAGCAGCCAUCAACAUCGAGGAAAGACCCUCCACUAGCAAAAACAUUCCAACUCAAUGAAGGCUCAGAUAGCAUUUUUAACAAUGAAGUAUUUUUAAAUUAAGGAAAUAGACUAAAUAGCCAAGUUGCAAGAUACCACUGCUUCUUUUAAGAAUGAUGGGUUUCCCAGGUGAUACUUGAAAGAAGAGAUAAUGACCACCUAUCUCCUUCAUCCUGGUCACACAGAAAGGCUAUGGACUCCUUUUGGCAUUUCUGCCUCAGCAACAGAGGAUAAAAGCCAUGUUGUGAUGGAUAAGUCACAAAAGUAAAAAAUACAGACAUGGACUACAGGCCUCCAAAGAAGAAUUGAGCAUGCUGAGGAUCUGUGCCAGACAUUGGACAUUUUUGAGGUGUUAAGAGAUGUGCAUGCUUCCACCAUUGCGAAGAUGCGUGUGCUUUCCCGUCACCUUCCACCAUGAUUGUAACUUUUCUGAGGCUGCCCAGUCAUGCUUCCUGCUAAGCCUGCAGAACUGGAGUGGUAACAUCUGAACAUACCAAACCAAACAGGCAAACUCUUGCACCAUUGCUACCACGACAUUUUACCACAAAAGAAUGCCACUGCAUGUGGAUUCCAAGCAGGCUAAAAAGAAAAAGAACUGAUUAGACCUCAGACGACCCACUAAACGGGAUGACGGCCACAGCUGAGGUAGAGACACCAAAAAUGGAGAAGAGUGCCUCCAAGGAAGAGAAGCAGCAGCCUAAGCAGGACAGCACAGAGCAGGGCAAUGCUGAUUCUGAAGAGUGGAUGAGCUCUGAGAGUGACCCUGAACAGAUAAGCCUUAAGAGUAGUGACAACAGCAAGAGCUGCCAACCUAGGGAUGGUCAGUUGAAGAAAAAGGAGAUGCCCUCCAAGCCACACCGCCAGCUCUGUCGAUCUCCCUGCCUAGAUCGUCCAAGUUUCUCCCAGAGCAGCAUUUUACAGGAUGGUAAACUUGACUUGGAGAAGGAAUACCAAGCUAAGAUGGAGUUUGCGCUAAAGCUGGGCUAUGCAGAGGAACAGAUUCAAUCAGUGCUAAACAAGCUGGGCCCAGAAUCACUUAUUAAUGAUGUAUUGGCAGAGCUUGUCAGACUUGGGAACAAAGGUGAUUCAGAAGGGCAGAUCAACUUGAGCCUGUUAGUGCCUCGUGGGCCUAGCUCCAGAGAGAUUGCAAGCCCUGAAUUGUCUCUUGAAGAUGAAAUAGACAACAGUGACAAUUUGAGGCCAGUUGUCAUUGAUGGAAGUAAUGUGGCAAUGAGCCAUGGGAAUAAAGAAGAAUUCUCCUGCAGAGGAAUACAACUUGCGGUGGAUUGGUUUCUAGAUAAAGGCCAUAAAGAUAUUACUGUAUUUGUGCCUGCAUGGAGAAAGGAGCAAUCCCGCCCUGAUGCACCAAUUACAGAUCAAGAUAUUCUACGAAAACUGGAGAAGGAAAAGAUUCUCGUCUUCACACCAUCCCGAAGAGUCCAAGGCAGGAGGGUUGUCUGCUAUGAUGACCGGUUCAUAGUCAAACUGGCUUUUGAUUCUGAUGGCAUCAUUGUGUCCAAUGAUAACUACCGAGACCUUCAAGUUGAAAAGCCAGAAUGGAAGAAGUUUAUAGAGGAGCGGUUGCUGAUGUAUUCUUUUGUGAACGACAAAUUUAUGCCUCCAGAUGAUCCAUUAGGACGCCAUGGCCCAAGCCUUGAAAAUUUCUUAAGAAAGAGACCCAUUGUUCCUGAGCAUAAGAAGCAACCAUGUCCUUACGGCAAAAAAUGCACCUACGGCCACAAGUGCAAAUACUACCAUCCGGAGCGGGCCAACCAACCCCAGCGUUCGGUGGCUGAUGAGCUCCGCAUCAGUGCCAAACUGUCCACAGUGAAAACUAUGAGUGAAGGCACCCUGGCCAAGUGUGGCACAGGGAUGUCUAGUGCCAAAGGUGAGAUAACCUCAGAGGUCAAACGUGUGGCCCCCAAGCGCCAAUCAGAUCCCAGCAUCCGGUCUGUGGCUGUGGAGCCUGAGGAAUGGCUGUCCAUUGCCCGUAAGCCUGAGGCUAGUUCUGUCCCCUCGCUUGUGACUGCCCUAAGUGUUCCCACAAUCCCACCCCCAAAAAGCCAUGCAGUGGGUGCACUCAACACCCGUUCGGCCAGCAGCCCAGUGCCAGGAUCCUCCCAUUUCCCCCACCAGAAGGCCUCUUUGGAGCAUAUGGCCAGCAUGCAGUAUCCUCCCAUCCUGGUUACCAACAGCCAUGGGACCCCUAUUAGCUAUGCUGAGCAAUACCCAAAGUUUGAAUCCAUGGGGGACCAUGGCUACUAUUCAAUGUUAGGUGACUUCUCCAAACUGAACAUCAACAGCAUGCAUAAUCGAGAGUAUUACAUGGCUGAAGUAGACCGGGGGGUGUAUGCCCGGAAUCCUAAUCUCUGUCCUGACAGCCGUGUGAGCCAUACCAGGAAUGACAACUAUUCCUCUUACAACAACGUGUAUUUGGCUGUAGCUGAUACCCAUCCUGAAGGCAAUUUGAAGCUGCAUCGCUCAGCAUCCCAGAACCGACUUCAGCCUUUUCCUCAUGGUUACCAUGAAGCCUUAACACGAGUGCAGAGCUAUGGCCCAGAGGAUUCUAAGCAAGGCCCCCACAAACAGUCAGUCCCCCACUUAGCUCUGCAUGCCCAGCACCCAGCAACUGGAACACGUUCCAGCUGUCCUGCAGACUACCCCAUGCCUCCCAAUAUCCAUCCUGGGGCAACCCCCCAGCCAGGCCGUGCCCUGGUGAUGACUCGGAUGGAUAGCAUUUCUGACUCCCGCCUCUAUGAGAGCAACCCCGUGAGGCAAAGACGACCUCCCCUGUGCCGGGAACAGCAUGCCAGCUGGGACCCGCUGCCCUGUGCAACUGACUCCUAUGGCUACCACUCCUAUCCCUUGAGUAACAGCCUCAUGCAACCAUGUUAUGAGCCAGUCAUGGUACGGAGCGUGCCUGAAAAGAUGGAGCAGCUUUGGAGGAAUCCUUGGGUUGGAAUGUGCAAUGAUUCCAGGGAGCAUAUGAUCCCAGAGCACCAGUAUCAGACCUACAAGAACCUCUGCAAUAUUUUCCCUUCUAACAUCGUCCUUGCGGUGAUGGAGAAGAAUCCCCACACAGCAGAUGCCCAGCAACUGGCAGCCUUGAUUGUUGCUAAGCUUAGGGCUGCACGUUGAUAUGACAUAGUACUUAUUUCUUUAUACAAAUAUGAAUAUUAAUACUAACAAUACACUAACACAAUAAUUAUAGUAACUAAUAAUUUGUGUUGCGCUUUACAAGUUACAGAGUGUUUAUAUCAUUUAAGCGCAUAACAACCCUGUGAGGUACGUCUUACUAACAUCCUCUUUUAUAGAGAAGGAAGGUGAAGCUCAGUGAAAUUAAGUGGCUAGCCAGGGUCACACUGCUAGCAAAUGACUAAGUCAAGACACACACCCAAGUCCUCUAAAUCCAAGUCCUAUGCCCCUUUGCACUGCACCAUGCAGGUAAUGGAGGACAAAACCCAGGGGGAGAGGUCUAGACGUAAGAAACCCCAGAGGAUUCCAUUACCAGAGUUUUCCUUUUUUUGUUUCUUUCUUUCUUUUUUCUUUUUUUUUUUUUUUUUUUUGAGACAAAGUCUUACUCUGUUACACAGGCUGGAGUGGCACUAUCUCUGCUCACUGCAACCUUCGCCUCCAGGGUUCAAGCGAUUCUAUGACCUCAGCCUCCCAGGUAGCUGGGAUUACAGGCGUGCACCACCAUGCCCGGCUAAUUUUUGUAUUUUUAGUAGAGACGGGGUUCCACCAUGUCGGCCAGGCUGGUCUCAAACUCCUGGCCUCAAGUGAUCCACCCGCCUCGGCCUCCUAAAGUGCUGGGAUUACAGGUGUGAGCCACCGCGCCCAGCCUACCAGAGUUUUCAUAGUCACAUAUUCUAUAUUACAAAGUAUGGAUGAUAUAUCCAAUUUAGAGAGCAAAAGCAUCAGGAUCAGAUCAUAUGUUGAAUUAACCUUUUAGGUUUUUUCUAAUAGAAAUAUUUAAAACUAUUUAAAAGUAAAUGCAUACUUUAUUGCAUGGAUAUCUGAUCAUUCAAUCUUUAUUAACGAAGCUAUAGGGUCACAUUGAAGCUUCUAGAACUAUAUUUUAAAUCUAUUAUUAGCAAUUAUAUUGCAUGUAUGAAUAUAUAUAUUUGGUUUGAGAUGUGUGUGUAUCUCUGUAUAACCUUUUAUAUAGUGAUAAUGAGAGGGUAGGCUCUACACAGUCCUUCGUCUAUAGCUGUAUAGGUCACUAAUCUGACUUGAUGAUUUUAAGUCACAUUUCAUAGUUUCAAGUAGUUAUGAGAGUGAAAAUUAUAUGGCAAUAUUUGAACAUUGCUUUCUUAGGCACCAGAGCAAAGCAGCUCUGUUUCCUUUGCACAUUUUACCUGCCAACAUUUAUUAACAGUUCUUAGCUUCCAAGUCUCUUCACCUUAGCAAAUCAGGGAUCAGGUUGCAGUCUUCUGCAGAGGAACUGAUGGUUAAGCUCAAGUUCCAAGCAUAGUAUGUGUGUGCUACACAAGCUCAGAAGAGUUUGACAAGGACCAGGGGACUUACUACCACAAUCCACUUCCCUUAUCCCAGGAGAGAUGGCCAAACACAUGUGGCAUUAAAUGGUGAAUAAAAAAGCUCCACUCAAGGAGGGACUAUUGGAUGCUCUUUGGACUUCCAACCUAUGCAGUAUUCAACAUCACUGGAUGAAAUGUAAUGGAGGACAGUGCACAGCCAUGUAUCCACUUUCUCUUCCUGUCCACCCUUUGGGUAAUAAGGUCAAUCAUUGGUGGAACAGAAUUUCUCUAGGAAACAAAACCAGGGGAUUUUCUAUGUGGAAAAAGGAAGUUUCCAAAAGGGGAUACUGCAUCUUUACUAAUAGCUGGCUCAGUUAUGCACUUUAAAUCCACGCAAAGAGAGUGCACUUGCUGUUAAAUAAUUGUUAGAUGAGUUACUAGAAGGCAGGACUUUCAGUUUGGGCGACACCAUUUGUGCAACUUGUAUCUUGCUCAGGGUGGAAAACUUCAUAGCUAAAUGCCUCUAGAAGAGGUGUUUAUUGUUUUUUUUAAGCUGCACUAAAUGAAUUCCCUUUUUGAAUCCACUGUAUAUUUCAAUAUUUCAAACCAUGACCAGCUCACUAUUUCCUGAGCUGGAACUUGCUAACUUCUAUGAUCGUUUUUUCAUGAAAGUUGAGAAGGCCGGGCCUUGGCCUUUUGUUUCUUCAUGAGAAGGUGUGACACUGCCUAUAAAUGUUUCUUACUGUGAAACACUCUGAAUGUGAGGCUGUAGUCAGGGUUGUUUCUGGUGGUUUGAUAAUGGCUUGCAUGCUGCUUUCUGGCUUUCUGUCUCUGUCCAAGUUGAUCAAUACUGCAUCUUAACCAAUGUUUCACUUCAGUUAACCACAGCUUUACAUUCUAUCUCCUAUCCUCUGAUCUUCGUAUACCCCAGCAUAUUGAAAAAGAGUAAAAGUAUUUUCUAUCAGGUAGGUCCACAGAGUGACAGUUGCCACUGCAGUGCUUGCUAUUUCACACAAACACCAUUUCAUACCUUCAACUUCUUGGACUUUCUAAAUUGGACCUGUGUCUAAAUCAGGGUAUUUGACAAUCUCAGAUGAUGCUACUGCCUAUGUGCCAGUUAGUUCAUCUUCCUACCAAAAUCGUCAAUGGCACCACAGUAUCCACGAGCUGUACAAUUUACAGGGAAGCACAAGAUUAAUCUUGUCACCUAUAAUUCGUCUUGAACAUGUUCAUAUUUAGUACUCAGAAAACGUGUAAGCUCCUCCCAAUACAGAAAAUUCUUUUAAGGCAGCAUAUGUAUUUCUGAUUUACUAAAAAUGAUUGUCAUCCUCCUCUCAUUCUUCUUUUUGGUAUGAACCAAAAGCGGCUAGGAGCAAUGCCUCAAAUAACCAGAAAUGACCUUUUGUUGAUACAAAUUGUAUCUCUUUUUUUCCUGAUUGUAUAGAAACAAAUGUACAAAACUCAUCUUAAGCUAGGUUUGGCACUGAAUUUUCACCAUGAGGUUUGUGGCACUGUGUGUCACAGGGAAGUAGCUCAGGGGUUGUGAGGGAGCUUUUAUUUCUAAAGGGCAGUAGUAAUUUAUAGACAAAAACAAUUUUUCAAGGCCUCUUUAUUACCAGUGCACAGUUAUCACGUGUACAAUUUCAAGCAUUAUAUUGCAUAAGUUCUCUUUAGCCUAUUAAAUUUAAUAUGUCCUUGAAAAAGGGAUUUUGUGUAAAAAGUGUCAGUGUUAGUGACUCAUCUGCAAGAAUCUAUAAAUGGAGCUAUACAAAUAUGAAUACAUAAAUACAGCAUGGUUCUUAGUUAUUAGAGAAACAUUUUCUUUAUAUUGAGGUCUAGGCACUUCUUGACUUUCCAUUUUGUCUGUAAUUAUAAAACAGCAAGUAACAAAGAAGCAUUGGGACCCCCUCGGCUGCCUUGAUAAUAAAAUCAAGCUUCCUUCAUGGGGCUAAGCAUGUGUCCUUCAGGAUACUUACCUCUAAGCGCUCAGCAGGGGUUACUACAAAGCGUUUUGUGUGGUUUUCAAGAAACAGUGUGUUUUGCAAGAGGUGCUUUGUAAUUUUAAUUAUUUCACUGAUUUUCUGACCUCAUAGCAAGUCUGUGCCUGUUGAGGCCUUCAAUUUUGUAGCUUUUCUGAUUUUUUUUCUUCUUUUUGUGAUUUUGUUGUUUUCAUUUUGAUCUAAAGGAGAAGUGUGACCCCGGAGUGGCAUGGUCAAUCCAGGGCACCCUUUCUGUAAGACAACUCAAAGGAAAAGAAGCCUUUUCAAAGGUAAUAUCGAGCCAUUGCACUCUCUCUUAAGGUGCCAGGUAUGGAAGGGAGAAUGACAGAUGCCUUAUGGAAAUGGUCUACGAAACUUUUCUUCUUCUAAGUAAUAAAGCACAUAGCAUGAUUCUCUCUCCCUCUCUCUCUCUCUCUCUCUCUGCCCACCCCCUGCUAGUUUCCUGGAGAAUACUUCUCUAAAAUUCAUUUUUUUCUAUUUUAGAAUAAAUUAUCUUUAUACAGUAAUUUAAACACUGAUUUCCAUUAACCUUUGGCCCUGAGUUUUCUUCUAACAUAGAAGAAUUCAUUUUGAGAGGCACUCAGUUACCAUUCUAUCUGUGCUGUAAGUAUGGGACUUUGUACAAAUGCCCUUUUUGAGGGCCAAAAAUUUCAAUACACUUUGUUCUACUUUGUGAACCAGGUCUGGAUCUGCACAGAGAAAGUAAUGCUGAGCUGUCGAGUCCGCUCAGGUCUCCCUCCUAACCCUCCUCUGCCUUCCCCUAGUUUGUUUAUCCUCAGGUCUGACACUGAGGAGUGCGUAGUCUUCAACUGAAAUGGCACUAUAGUUAGUUCUCAUUGGAAACAAACAAGUGUAUUUCUGGAACCUGCUUGUCUAAAAUAGCCAAUGCCUUUGUAAAGACAGCAUAUUCAAUAUCUAUUGUAUGGUAGCUAGCUAUAUACAUAGAUUGACUAUUUUUAGUCCUGGUUUGUGUAUUGUUGAGCUAUAGUAGUUUGCUUUAUCCAUUUGUGGGAUUAAACAAUACUGUUUAUUGGUUGUAAACUUUUAUAAAAUCUCUUUGGGUUUUUUGUUUGACCCAAAUAUAAUGUAAGUCUCAAUGACAAAAUACACAAAGUUAACCAGAGGUGAGUGAAAAUAUAGCCCUUCCCCAGUUUUGUCUGUCCCUAUAAUGCACGUGCAUUGCUUUGUAAUAUGUUCUCACUAGCAUGAAUGUGCUAUGACUACUUCAUGAGGUUUUAAUUUGUUUCACCUAUCAUUGUGAUGGAAAAUGCUGUAUCGCUGACAACAAUGAACUGUAACCAGUUAUUUACUGCAUAAACUAUUUGUCUACUGACCA